AUGGCUGGAACUCACGCGAAGAAAGCGGCAACGCCAUCCAAAACAUCCUCUGGGACAAAGCAAUCUUCAAUCAAACGCAAUUCAAGCAUCUUGAGUUUUUUUCAGAAGACGGACACGCCACCAGGCGCUACCUCUCGCCAGGCCCGGAUCACACAGUUUGCAACGGCGUCCUCGCGCUCACCUAGCAGUGGCCGGGGUAAUUCGACAUCUGGACGAGGGAAUAGCGCAAAAAACGAUACUACCGGAGGUCUAUUCUUGGAGGAUAAAAAGGGAUUAGCAAAGAUUCAACGGGCGCCGGAGACGAACGAAAAGGCACGGUCACCAACACCUGACAUCUGGGGUGAUGAUGAAGAGUUCCUGAAGGCGGAUGACGAGCGAUAUAACGAGAAUGAUUCGGCAGUCAAGCGCCGGAAGUUUGACUCGCCAAGAACUUCAGUCGACGAGGCACAGCAAGGAGAGACCGAACCGACGACUACAAAAGCAUCUCCACCUCCAAAAGUCCAGAAAAGAAGCGGACCCUUUAUCGACGAGUCCGAUAGCGAGGAUGAUAUGGAAGCGUACAGAGAGAUCGAUGACACCACAAUUGGAACUGCAGAUUCGACAAACAUCAAGUCAUUGCCAAUGGAUAAAAUUGCGUCGAUAGAACAAGAAUCCGAACCUAUACCCCCGCCAUUGGUAAGAACCGCCAGAGAUAAUGCCGAAAAUUAUGAACGCGCGAAUUUUGACGAUCUAGAAGAAGACGAGCUUAUAGGGGAAGAAAUUCGAAAUCGGCCCUGGGAAAUGGAGGAACAAGAGCAGGAUAUCGACCUUGGAGUAGAACCAGAAAAUGAUAUCAAUGACUGUUCGGGUGUAGAAGAUAUUGAUGGAGGAGUGGGCAAGUGUCCUAUCUGCCAGACGGCGCUGAAGGGCUUCGACGAAAGGGAUAUCGCAGUACAUGUCAACGACUGUCUUGAUGGCAAAAGCAGCCCCAUCAUGGCCACAUCUGCUUGUAGGCCCAUUGCGAAGCCGAUUCCGGCUCCUGUCGACACCGACAGAGGCCUGACACGCGCAGAGCGCGCUGCCGUCGCUCGACCUGCGCAACGUGAUCCCUUUUCGCAGAAGAAACCAGAUUCACGGUCUGCAUUCUCUAAGCUAAUGGCUGGAAACGCAGAAGAUGCAGCUUGGGCGACUGCAGCCGCCAAUGAAGUCUCCUCUCGAGGUAAACAAGCCUACCAACGCACCUGUCCAUUCUAUAAAAUUCUUCCUGGAUUCUCGAUAUGUGUGGAUGCAUUCCGCUAUGGAGCCGUCGAAGGGUGUAACGCGUAUUUCCUCAGCCAUUUCCACAGCGACCAUUAUAUAGGACUUAGCAAGUCUUGGUGCCAUGGGCCCAUCUACUGCAGUCGACCCACUGCCAAUCUUGUUCGCCAGCAGCUUCGCGUUGAUCCCAAGUGGCUAGUUGAUCUCGAGUUCGAAUCCACCACUGAGGUUCCGGGGACGGGAGGUGUGCAGGUCACCAUGAUCCAUGCAAAUCACUGUCCUGGUAGCUCUCUUUUUCUUUUCGAAAAGAGCUCUGGGAAUGGAGCCAAUGCCCGUAACCAGCGGUUAUUGCAUUGUGGUGACUUCCGGGCAUCUCCUGCUCAAGUACAACAUCCACUUCUACGCCCUGACGUUAUCAACCCAGUGACUGGAAAGUCCAGACAGCAGCACAUUGACAAAUGCUACCUGGACACCACGUAUUUAAGCCCGAAAUAUGGCUUUCCAGCUCAAGAGGAUGUAAUCACAGCAUGCUCGGAGCUCUGUGUGCGGCUUAAUCAAGAGGCCGGUGUCGGGCUCGAUGCUGGAAAGAGCGGCACAGGUGGUUUGAUGGAUAAAUUUCUCUCCGCGGCGACAGUGAACAACAAACCAGCGGACAAAGACUCGCAGGCUGGAGGUCGACUGCUUGUAGUAAUUGGCACCUAUAGCAUUGGCAAAGAACGAAUAUGUAUGGGAAUCGCGCGAGCACUUGGGUCAAAGAUUUUUGCCACUCCACCGAAGCAACGCAUCUGUGCCUGCUUGGAAGACCCAGAGCUAUCCGCAAUGCUGACCAGCAAUCCCUACGAAGCGCAAGUGCAUAUGCAAACCCUUUUCGAGAUCCGCGCCGACACACUCGCAGACUACCUCGAUGGCCUCAAACCCCACUUCUCUCGAGUCGUCGGUUUCCGCCCGACCGGUUGGACCUAUCGUCCACCCGCCGGGCGCAUGAUACAAAAUCCACCAGUAUCUACAGUCUUGCACGGCGAACACUGGAAGUCACCAUACACCAGCCAGGAUCUCACUCCACAACGCGGAAGCACACGCGAAAGCGCAUGCUUUGGCGUGCCUUAUAGCGAACACAGUUCGUUCCGCGAGUUGACCAUGUUCUGCUGCGCUCUGCGAAUUGGACGGAUCAUUCCUACGGUGAAUGUUGGCAGCCAGAAGAGUCGUGAUCAGAUGAAGGUGUGGAUGGAACGGUGGGAUGCCGAGAAGAAGAAAAACGGGUUAUUUGAAGUCACUGGCGACCGAUGGUGA